CUGCAAACGUCUUGCAAAUUGAAGGGUAUAUAAGGAGCAGCGUGAAUUAGAGCUGGGCACUGCACUUGCUCUCUUCACCUCCUGUUUCGCCUUUGAAAAGGAUAGAAGAUCCACCGAACAGUAUGGCUUCGAUGACCGCAAUACUGGAAGCUAAAGACAUCGAGAAAGCCCUGGCGGAAUGUGCCGCAGGUGCAUUCAAUCACAAGACAUUCUUCGUAACCAGCGGCUUGACCAAGAAGUCAGAUGAUGAUCUUGCUGCAGUGUUUAACAUCCUUGACCAGGAUCAGAGUGGGUACAUUGAAGUGAAUGAGCUGAAACUGUUCCUUCAGAGCUUUUCUAAAAGUGCACGGGAACUGAAUGACACUGAGACCAAUGCGUUCCUUACUGCUGGCGACAGUGAUCAUGAUGGCAAGAUCGGAGUUGAUGAGUUCAAGAACAUGGUCAAAGAAUAAAGAAGCUAAAAGAAAAGGCCACUCUCUCAAUGCUGAGCAGUUCAGACACCGUUACUAUCAUCGCAUAUAGCAAAUGCAUUUUUAUUUAUACAUUUUGAUACAGUUGAAUGGCAUGAAUAAAUGUCUAAAUGUUGUUUCCUUUGUUGGAACUUUUUAACGGGGCAUUUUCUGUGCAGUUUAAUUGAUAUUUAUUGUACGAUAUAUUAAUAGUGGAAAGAGCCUCAAAUUGCUAAAUUCACAAAAUAAUAAAGGUCACAGUUGAAAAUAA